CUGCUAGUUUCAAUUUACGUUUAAUUUUACAAACUUUAAUCCAAUUUGCAGGCUUACAAUAUAAAAAUUGGAAUAUAAACGAAAACUGUAAACACUUUAUACGUUUGGUAAGUAUAAAUCUUGUGAAUCAUUAGAUGGAUAAGUCACAUAUGAAACAGUUAAGUAAGGCAAGCAUACAUGGUGCUAUAUAAAACUUGGUACAACUAGAAGAGGAGAAUGUCAACAAGUUUAAAACACAGUACAUCGGUAUCAUCUCUAGCAUCAAUGGAUAAAGGAGCAAAUAAUGACGAUAUUUCUCUCUCAUCAUUGCAUUCUCAUUUCGCUCAUCGUACCGCUGCAAACAUGGUGCUAGGUCCUGCUGGACCUAUGUCCGGGUACCAGUCACAUAUGCGGGCUGAGAACCGUCCUCGUCAGAAUGAUGUUAAUAUGGAAAGGGUAGAUAAUGAUGAAGAGAGACGUCUUAGAAAUCAGCCAAAGGCAAAGCGGAAAAAACGUAAAAAUAUGAUCACUGCCAAUUUAAGUGGUACAAGAUAUGAAGUCAUCCGCCAGAUGGUAGAACAUAUUGGCUUCAGUGUUGCCAAAGAUGACGACCCAACAUCUUUCUUAUUAUGGAAUGAUGCAUUUGUAUCAACAGAGAAGAUAUCUGAUUUGAAGCCUUAUCAGAGGAUAAAUCAUUUCCCUGGCAUGGGUGAGGUGACUCGCAAAGACAAUUUGGCUCGCAACAUGAUGAAAAUGGCCAAGGCAAAACCAGAAGAAUACAACUUUGUACCUCGCACAUGGAUUUUACCAUCCGACUACAACAUUAUUCAGAAUUACAUGAAAGAUUUGAAAGCUCAUAAAAAGUCAAAAACAUUUAUUGUAAAGCCAUCAAAUGGUGCCCAAGGUCAUGGGAUCAGCUUGUAUAAAAACCUAGAGAAGAUUCCAGCUCAGGAACACUUCAUUGUUCAAGAAUAUGUUGAGAAGCCAUUGUUAAUGGAUGGAUAUAAGUUUGAUUUAAGAAUUUAUGUUUUGGUAACGUCAUGUGAUCCACUUAGGGUGUUCCUAUUUAAUGAUGGCCUUGUCAGAUUAAGUACAGAGAAAUAUCUACCACCUUCUGAAAAUAACAUAAGUCACCUGUUUAUGCAUUUAACAAACUAUUCUGUAAAUAAACACAACGAGUUCUACGAAAAAGGGGCCAGUCUGGACGCAGGAAGCAAAAGAUCUAUUAAGUCAUUUAACGAAUAUCUUCGUCGGAAUGACUACGAUGUUGCAUUAUUGUGGCGAAAUAUAAGUGACAUGAUAGUAAAGACUAUGAUUGUAGCGGAGCCCCAUAUUUUACACGCGUACAGAAUGUGUCGGCCAGGGGCACCUGCAGUCAGUGAUAGUGUGUGUUUUGAGGUGCUCGGAUUUGAUGUGCUCAUUGACAGAAAAUUAAGGCCUUGGUUACUUGAGAUUAAUAGAUCACCAAGUUUUGGUACAGAUGAAAAGAUUGACUUUGACAUCAAGUCAGCAUUGAUAGAAGAUACCAUCAGACUGUUGAAUAUCAAAAUGAGCGACAAAAAGAAAAAUAUGACGGCUCAAAAACUAGAAGCUCAGAAACGACUUUUCAGGCCAUCGAAGCGUGUAUCAGACACGGAGCACAUGACCGAGUAUGAUAAAAAACGUGCAAGUAUUGAAAGAAGAAAAGAUGAAUUGAAAGAGUUGUUGGCGAGAGUUAAGAAAGCUGGUGCGAGAGAAGAAUAUGAAAACAGGAAUCGUGGACGUUUUAUUAGAAUAUUUCCGUGCGAAGAUAAACCAAAACAAGAGAAAUACAUACAUCUACUGGAGGCUGCCUAUACAACAUUCAUGUCUGGCAGGGCUACAUCUAUGCAUAAAGAAAUACAGCUCAUCUAUAAUAAUAAACUCAAGGAAACUGAUAUUUUGGAUAUGAUAGCAGAUUGUGAAGCAGAUGAGCAGCAGGGUAAAAUGAACUUUGAGGGUAAACCUAUGACAGGAUCCAGAGGACCAAAGCCAUUGGCCAGUAUGCCAUCAUCAGAGCAGUUCCGAGGGACAGACCGUGAAGAAGACGAUGAGGAAAGUGAAUCAGCCUCGCCACCUAGUACUCCUUAUAACAGAGGAACAAUGUCACGACCUGCGUCUGUUAACAGUAGAAUCAGUGCUAGCAGAACACCGAACGGAAUGGGGUCACGGCCUAACUCAGGAUUAGUACAACCAGGUGGUAGACCAAUCGGCAGUGUUGGACCGAAUCAGACACGAUCCCGACAAGCUGGAGGACAGAAACUUACAAAUAUACAAAGAUCAAAUGUGGAUGACAAUUUUUUGGUGAAUGUUAUACGCGAGAGAGAGGAGGAGCUAGUACGCAGGACGUUACAGGCCCUCAAUGAUAUGAGAAUCAAAUUUCCCGGUAAAUCUGACCAGGAGGCGGACACUAUUCUUGAUAAAUUAUAUGAAAAUUGGAAGUUCCACAAGCCUAGAAUUGCCUCAUAUUGGUUAGUUAAACUGGAUUCAAUUAAACGAAGAAAGGUAAAGUGUAAAAUAAUGAUGUUUUUAUGUUUUCUGUCUAUCCAAAAAGGCAUAUAUAUAUUUCUUUCACAUGACAAUUUUGCUUCUUUUCCAUGUAAUGUAAUAAUGCUUUGACAUUUUUACCUCAAU